GGUCGGAAUGUUGCUUUACGGCAGACGGCGUCACAGUCCAGUGAGUAUAGAGGCGAACCAAAGAUUAACGCUAGUGCUUCAAACGCUGUCGAUGGUGACACUAAUCCUGACUUUGGCAAAAACAGCUGCACUCACACCCAACCUAGAGCUCCUCCCUAUCCAACCUGGACUGUCACCUUCACCCAUCUGUACCUGAUUACUAGAUUCAUUCUCUACAACAGACAGGAUGAAAAUGGUAUGUGGACAUGA